UCCAGUUUAUAAUUACUGAAUGAAAAGAGUUCAUCUUUCUUGCAGCGUUCAGAAUUUGGGAGAUAAUAAAAAUUCUUGAUACUAAGAUCGUUAGUUGACACCUACCAAUUGUCAAAGAAAUGAAACUCGGAAUAUCUCAAAAGUGGGAAGGAGAAACAAAUUCACCAAUUGGAGAAUAAUUACCGAUGUUCCUCAACGGUCAACAAAUAAGCCAAGAACACCCCUUUGAGAGGGGUGGGGGCGUCAGUACUCUUCAGGUACCUACCGUCUGUAAUGGAUAUCUAUGAGUACUCAAGCAACCUGACUUUCAGUAUCAGUUACAACUCGGACCAGUGUAGUUAACAGUGUUAGAACGGUCAGUCUCAAUCCGAAUUUUCGACUUUCUGUUGCAUCUGUGUUGAAAAUGUUGACUUACGGACAAGAAGAUAUGUGCAAAUCUCACGGAAGGUUGAUACAGACUGAAUGCCCGACUAUAAAGUGUAGUCCUCUUCCACCCCAUUGGAGAUACAAUAAAGCUUUGCCCUGGACAUUUAAAGUAGUAUGUUUGGACGAGGAAGUAGCCGAUGGUACUCAUGUUAUAAUAACCGCCGGCAAUGAAGGCAACUGCGGCCAAAUGGUGUUGAACGGGCUAGCCAAGACGCGAAAUGGAGUGGCUGAGUUUAACGACUUGAGGUUCAUAGGAAGGAGUGGAAGAGGGAGAACCUUUAAGUUGGUCAUAUCAGUUCUGUCAAAACCGUGUCAAGUUGCAACGAUAAAUAAUGCGAUUAAAGUGACAGUGGAUGGACCAAGGGAGCGAAGGGCCAAAAACAAACCGUUUGCUGAUAGAGUCAGUACGAGUACGGGAUAUUAUAAUCCUUGUACAGGAAAUCCUGUAUGGUUCAACCCGAGUUUUAACCCUUAUCCCUCCCCCAUUCCUCCCACAAGGUCUUAUCCAACAAGCUAUCAGCAGCCUGGAAUGUAUCCACCAGUGAUAUCUCCAUCGAGUAUAUAUCCAAGUGUACCAAGAUUACACCCAGCAUCCAUCGCCCCACAGAUUAUAGUACGAACAGAAACUAGUCAGCCAGCCUUUCCCAUAAAUUUGAACUUAAGUUACCCCUCAAAUGUUGUGAAUAAUAAUACGAGGUACCCUCAAUCACAACCUCAAUACAGUCCUUCGCAGAGCCUGCCGAGGUCGGCUUCCUCAGCUUCGUUUUUGACUGAGUCCAGUAUCGAGAAAGAUGAGGAAUCUAUAGAAAUAGAAGAUAUAGAUAUUGUGGGAGUAGAAGAGGAAAUUGUGCCUGUCAAAUGUGACCUCAAGGCUCCGCCUGCGAAAUCCACAAACUCGGAUGUGUGGCGUCCAUACUAAAAAAAAAUUUCGAGAGCUGCCAAAACUGGCUUGUCGAAAUUUCUACUCGAAAACGUGCCAAAUCUUUUUCCUGUGAUAUCGAAAAAACUCUGAACGUACAAUGUAUGAGCUUUAAUUUUUACAUAGACAUAAAGGAAUUGCCUAUUAUUUAUACCUGAUGUUCUAGAAGAUAAUCAAAUGAGAAAAUAUGUAUUAUAUAUGUAUAUAUUUAGUGCCCCUUACAGGCGUUCUGUGCAUAUUUUAAUUAUGUAACGUUAUUUUUGUUAUGUAAUAUGAUGAUAUUCAUAUGUUUCAUUCGUUAAUAAAAUAUUCGAAACCUCA